GAGCGGACGGCGGCGGGUGGUGGUCAUGGCAGCAUGGAAGGGGGCUAUUUUCGGUGAAAUCCGCUGCCCUCUCACGCGCUUAUCUGAUGGUGGCAAUUACAAGCACCCCGAAAAAGGGCGAACAACCAAAAAAAAAACACGCGGUGACGACGGUGGGGAGACCUCUCUUUCCAUGUAUGCCGCGGCGGAGCAACAGCAACAGCAGCAGCAACACAAACACGAACGAACGCGGCCAAUGUGUGUGCGGGCAAACGGCGGGUUUGCACAAUUUACCAACCAAUACGACGCGGCUUUUGCUUUCCGCGAUGGUUACACAACGGGGGUGCGUGCGGGGCUGGAAUGGUGGAAAGGAAUUGAUCUUUUCGAUGGUUCCUGGUCCUGUUCCCAUGCGGCGGGACUUGGCUGUGUGGUGCCUUUUCGUUGCAGCUGCAUUUUGUGAACGCACAGGCCGAAAACAAAAAGACGACAAUCGCCGAAACAGGAACUCUCGCCACGAGAGCGCACACCACCCAUAUGUGUGGCGUUGUGUGUGUUGCCAGAGCGACGUGUGAGCUUUUCUGCCACGUCAUAAGGUUGGCGGUUUCGGUCGACCGCGGUCGACACACACUGCUCGGGCUGCUGAUCACUUGAGCCGCCGAUCAGCGCCAUGUCGCGUUGGGGGAAGCGGUGGUCGUGGUCGCCGCAUUGUAUCGAUCAUGGUCGGCAAGUUGUUGUGCAUUUUAUAAUGGCGAGGAUUUGCCUUUGAAUGAUUGUUGAUGGACCACCAGGGACAGAUUGAACUGUUCGGAAUAGAACAAGUUGAGAGGCAAAGGAAUAAGGUCGGUUUAAUUAUGUUCAUAGAGGUUUUUCUACACACAAGAAUAUGAUUUAGACGUUUUGUGAAGAUCACACCUUGGUGUAGUUAAAGAACGAAGACAUUUACAGUGCAAGAUGUAACUGGAACAAUCCGGGCGUGCUUAAACUUAUUUGUAAUUGUGAAUGUACUGUGUGGAUAAUCGAAUAAUCGACGAUAUAAAGUGCAACUAUAAUUGAAACAUGCUAAGAAAUGUGUAGAAGUUUACCCUUUUCAUGGAUUGCAUACCGUCGCAGGUGUAAAAAAACGUAAACGAGAUGUGACGGCGUAACGGCGUGAAUUUGUGCUGCUAGAAGUGUUUCAAAUGUUUCAAAAUCACGAACCAACUCAACAACAAAUGCAAAAAAGUGUGUUGUAAUUGUAGUAAAAUAAUUCCACCUAGUGUGCUUGAGUGUGUGUGUGUGUAUGUGCGCGCGUGUUGUGUAUAUUAGUGCGUGUGCGUGUAUGUAUGUGAAUAAUAAUGAUAAUAAUAAUAAUGCUAAGAAAUAGUGAAUGAAGCGAGCGAAUUCAGCGUCACUUAAUUAUUGAAGCAUAAAGUGUGUGCGUGUGUGUGUGCGUGUCCGUUGCACGAUCAGAGUUAAGUGAGAGUGUGCUUAAGCGAUCAAAUCCUCAAACGAUUAGCAACGGUUGCAUCUAUAUAUUAGUGCGUGUGUUUGCAGUGCCCUUUUUGAUUGGGGCGCACCGCGGUCUUAGGUGCGUUAGGUUCCGUUUAGCGUGCGUAGUAGCCGCGGCAGCGCAACAGCUGCCGCCGCAAUAAAGCCGUCAAAAUUGGCCGAAUGGAUAAGGACGGGGAGAAGAAGGGCGGCGGCGAUAAGAAGGGUGGCGGCGGGCAGUCGGGAACCGGUCUGGGAGGCGCAGCCGGUGUUAACGAUCCGGCCGCGCUGCUAGAUGCCGCCUCACUGUUCGCGUACUGGGGACGGGAUCCGUCCGCAAUGGCCGCCGCAGUCUCCAACCCCCUGUUCGGCUCACAGUUCGGCAUGCCCGGCGGGCUCGGCGGGCUGAUGCCGAACGCCGGUUCCGGCUCGGGCAGCGGCAACGACCGGUUCGCCAUGUCCCACCACAACCAGAACACGAUGGCGGUGGCCGCGUCUCAGGCCGCCUCCCUGGCCGGUUUGCACAACAAUUGGUGGUCGAUGGCGCAGCUGGCAGCACAGGAUUACUUCGCCCGCCUGCAAGCGACCGGCAUGUCGCAGCUUCCCUUCUCCCACGAUCUGGCCGGCGCAUUCCCGGCCGGGCUGGGGCUCGGGGCGAUGAGUGCGGCGGCUGCCGCGGCCGCCGUUGCCGCCACCGGUGGUAACACGGCGGGUGGUGGAGCGGGCGGUAGUGGCAGUGGCACCGGUGGGUCCGGUGGUGGCUCGGGCAAGGGCGGCUCGGGCGGUGGCAAGGGCAAGAAGCGUGACCGCAGCAGUAACAGCAACAGCAGCAACGCCAGCUCGGGCGGUGGUGGCUCGGCUGGUGGGAUGGGCGGUAUGGGUGCCGGUGGCAUGGGUGGCGGCGUGGGAGGCAGUAACAAUUCUUCGUACAAGAACUCACCCUCACCGUCCGCAUCACAGGCCGCGGCCGCCGCUGCCUACAAACAGUCCCUCUACAGCCAGGCGACCCUGCACAAGGAGCUGAUGGCCAUUACGGCGGCCGCAGCCGCUGCCCAGAAUCAACAGCAUUCCGGCGGAGGAAGUGGCGGCGGUGGUGGAGGAGGAGGUGGCAGCUCAAGCAGUCAACAGUCCCAGCAGCAACAGCAGCAGCACCAGCAGCAACAGCAGCAACAGCAACAGCUGCAACAGCAGCAACUGCAGCAACACCAGCAGCAUCAGCUCGCCAGCCUCGGCAUGCUGGCCGGGCUCGGUGGCACCGGCAGCAGUGGCAGCGCCAGUCCCGGCAGCUCAUCCUCCAAACAGAAAUCCUCCUCGUCCGGCGGCGGUGGAUCGUCCUCCUCGCUCGCGUCACCGCACGGUGCGAGCCGGCUGAUUGGGAACGAUUCGAUAUCGAUCACGCGCGGUUCCAGCUCGCCCUCGAUGAGCUCGAGCAAACAGCAGCCAACGCCCAGCGUUACCAUCAGUGCCAGCCACGGGAAUCCCGGGUCCUCCUCGUCCUCCUCCUCCGGCUCGUCCGCCCAGCAGAACCAUCUGCAGAAUCUGUCGUCGUCGUCGUCGCGCUCGUCGAAGGAUGGCAAGGGUGGCAAUAGCAACAACGCCAAUGCCAGCGGUGGACCAAGUGCGGCCGAUCUGGGUCUGAGCGCGUCCAUGAACGCCCUGAGCACACUGUCGCAGUUUAACAAUCUCGACCUGACGACGCAGCAGAACAUGACGGCCACGAUGAACGCACUGGCAGCGAGCCAGGCCAAAGCGAAGGACUACAUCUCAUCCGGGAUACUGAAUGAUCCUUCCUCGUUGCUGGGCGUGCGUUUGCCACCGGACACGGAGAUCAUCAAGUACACCUCUUCCAUCGUGGGGCCCAAAGCAUCGGGCGGGACCGGCCGUGGACGUAAGAAAACCAUUUCGUUAGAAGACAAUUCCAUUUUUGCUCAAAUGCAUGGUUUAAGUGCAGCCAAGCGCCAGCGACUGGAACCGAACGAGUAUGGAGGAGGAGGAGGAGGAGGAGGAGGAGGAGGCGGCAGUAACAACAGUGGUGGCGGCGGCGGUGGUGGCAGUGGCGGCGGUUCGCAUCUCAGCUCGGGCAGUGGAAGCGGCGGCUCGGCCGGACUGCUUCCGCCCGGUCUCUCCCAUCACCACCACCAUCAGCUCGGUAGCAACGGUGGGCUAGGCUCGGGAGCAUCGUCCGGGACGGGCGGAUCGAACGAUCGGAUCGAGGUCAUCAAACUGCCACCGACCAUCACCUCGAACGGGGUGUACAAUGCCGGAAAGGGCGCGGGUAAAGAUUCCAUGAUGGAUCAUAUGAACGAAUGGUCGGGACUUAAUCUGAGCGCGAAAGGAUCGGGUGGAGGUGGUGGGUCAUCUUCGGCCGCUGCCACCAUUGUGUCCUCGUUGACGGCGGGCGGUAUGAACAGUAGCGGAAGCAACAAUCAAUCAUCCGGCAUGAUGGAGCAGGACGAUGCACCGCUCAACCUGUCGAUGAAACCGUCAAAAUCGACCAACGAAGGAAUGCGCAGUGACUCCACCCACUCGGCAUCCUCGUCCUCACCUGCCAUGUCCGGUGCGAGUGCCAACAGUUUGCAGAGCCUGAGCACCAUCACGGCGGCGCUCGGUGGAGCGGCCGGCAAUGCGAACGAUUCGUCACGAUCGCGUCGAAAGUCCGACAAUAAAAACCGUCGCAAUGCGGCGGCUGCAGCAGCGGCAGCGGCGGCCGCUGCCGCUGCCGCACUCGGGGCCGGUCCCCUCGGCCUGGACGGGAGUGUCAACAUGAGCCUGGCGUCGGCAGCAGCCGCAUACGCUGCGGCCGCACCGGUCUCGACCGGUGCAGGUCUGGGCACCGGUACGAACAGCACCAGCACGCUCAACUCCCUGCUGAUGGCGUCGGUUGGGACCGGCACGUGUACCAAUACCAUCACCACCACCUCCAACACAACCACCAGCGGCGGCGGUAGCAGUGGCAGCGGAAGCGGUGGGGGCAUUGCCGGGGGCAGCAGUAGCGCCGCCGGUGGCGCUUCGUCCUCGGCCACGGCUGCUGCCAAUGCCGCCAACCAUCAGCUGAUGGCGGCUCAGCUGGGCUUCAACAGCUCACUGUCGGAGCUUUUGAAAAUCUCCAAUUACGAGGAGUACGAUUACGCAUCGCUCAGCGGCGGAUCUCAAUUCAAGGAAGGCCGUCCACGCAAUCUGGGCCGAGGUGUGUCCAAGCCGAAGAAGAACACCGUUGCCUCCCUGUUGGCGCAGAGCCGUGCCGUUGGCUCGAAGCCACUGACUGCCCAGCAGUUGCUGACACAGGAUGCAGAAAUUGAAAAGCUACGCCAGGCAAUGCUUGAGGCGAGUCGAAACCAAUCGAUGGACAAUAGCACCUCCAACACCAACACCGACACCGAAAGCAUCUCCGAGAGCGGCAUGUCCGAGUCGGAGGGCGAGGAGCACAUUAACUUGAAGGAGCUUCGCGUUCCGCUCGAGAAGGGUUGGCGCCGAGAGACGGUGAUUCGCGGGCUCACGAGAAACGGACACAUCAAGGGUGAUGUGUACUACUACCCACCGCAGAGCGUGAACAAGAUGAAGGGCAUGAAUCAAAUUCAGCUGUAUCUAGAUCAGUUUAAACCGAAGGAUCUGAGUCGCGAUAACUUUAGCUUCUCGGCGAAGGCCAUCGUUGGUACGUUCCUGCAACCUGCCCCACUGCCGUACGCGACGGACGGGGAGUUCAUCAAGAUGACGGACGUUGAGGUGGCACGCCGGCUGGAGGAUCUGAAAAUGUUCACCCGGCAUGCGGGACUCGGUGUAGAACAGAGGAUCGAAAUCGCCAAGCAACAGCAGGCACUGCGGGACGCAAAGAAGUUGGCCAAGGAAGAGAUGAACAAAAAUAAGGAAAAGGCACGACAGGCAAAGGAAGCUGAACGGAAUGAACGCUUGGAGCAGCAGCGCAAAGAGAGGGAACUGAAAAAUCAACAGGCACUAGAGGCAAAGAAGAAGCGCGAAGAGGAGCUUGCACGACAGAAAGCGGAGGAAGCUGCGCGUAAAGCACAGGAAAAAGAACAGAAACGACAGCAGGCACUUCUGCAGAAGGAACAGGAACUUGCCAAGCAGAAGGAGUUGAUGUAUGCAAUGGAAAUGGAACGUGAAAGACGAAGGCAACAUAUGGCCCUGAUAAAACAGUUAGAGCUGCGUCGCAAAUUCGAAGAGAAGGAAAAGAAGAAACACCAGGUGAUUCUGGAUAAGUUGAUCCAACGGGAGAAGAAACUCGUGAUGAGAAAGCGGGACACAAACAUUCUAGCCGAAUUGAGAAAACCUCAAGAGGACUCCGAAAUCGUGGAUCAAACGGUGUUGCCUUCUUUCUCAAGAAUUCCUGGCCUCAAGCUGACGGGUACUGGGUAUGCUGAUCUGCUGAUGGUGUUUGAGUUCUUGCACAACUUUGGCGAAACGCUUGGAUUCGACAUGGAGUCACUGCCCAAUUUGCAAUCUUUGCAUCUCGCACUAACGUCGGAGAACGCGAUCGAUGCCGAGGAAGAGCUGCUGUCUGUGAUGACACAUCUCCUUGUGUGCGCAAUAGAAGAUCCGGGCAUCCCCAAUCCAGGCCGCCAUACGACACUGCUCGGCCAAACGCUACGCCAGGCGGACAUCACGCACACGAACGUGUCGGAAAUAUUGCGCAUCUAUCUGUACGCGGUGGCCACCGGCGAGGUGAAGCUACAGUCCGGCAUCAAUCUCGAGCGCGAUCGUGACGCCCCGUCCAAGCAUCAUCUAGUCAAUGACGAGGAUUUCAAGAUGUGCAGCACGAAGAACUCCCAGUUCUACGAGCUGCUGGCCGAGAACGCACGCUACAAACUGUCCGAGCUGCUGAAGGACAAACCGUUCGUGGCGCUCAACCCAACCACCAAGACGGAAAUACUGGCCAUGCUGUGCAACGAUCUGCUCAUGAACAAAGCCGUCUGCAAGCAGAUCGACAGCAGUCUGGAGGCGCAAGCGCAACUCAAAAAGGAACGGUACCUGCUGGACAACAAAAUCCGAAAGUACAAGAUGCUGGUAGCUCGCAAACAGCGGCUGGAGCAGUACGAGAAGGCACAGCAAGCAGCGCUGGAGAAAUCACUCUCCAUGAAGGCAGCCGAAGAAGCGAAACGUGCGGAAGAGGCCGCGGCAAUGGCGGCCGCAGCAGCAGCAGCGGAAGCAGCCGCAGCAGCAGCAGCCGAGGCAGCAGCUUCAACAGCGACCGCGUCGUCAGAAGAAGCAGCGUUAGCAGCCGAGGGAGAGACUAAGCUUCCGGCAGGUGAAACUGAUGCCACAGCGGUUGACAGUGAGUGUGAAGUGGUUGAGAACGGUACGGAGAAGGAGUCGGCGCCACCAGUUGAAGGGGAAGGAUUCAAUUCCGUCCCACCGGCCGAAGGAGCAAGUGGGCAGGGAGAGCUGGAAGAAGGUGAAAUUGUUAACAAGAAAGAUUUCGGUGCGGAAGGACAUAAGACUGAUGAUGACGAUGAUGAUGACGAUAAUGACGUUGUAGAAAUCGUCCCAAUGCCGGUAACGUGUACAGUGACGGAAGAUUCCUGCCCAAACACUAUCCCCACAUCGUCCGAGGUGGAAGGGGAAGAAAAUGGCCAGUCAAAGCUAGAAGCUACCGCUGCGCCAGAAUCGGGUGAACCAAUGGAUAUGUCAUCGGUGGAACCGUCCGAGUCCAGCUCACUCAAUCAAAAUCACACCGAAUCUCUGAAUGGUAUCGACGCUCCUACGCCUGCCGGUGAUGGUUGUUCUACUCGGAUCGAAGGAAACGGUCCUAGCGCACAUCAUCCACUGCCGGAGGAACAUCACGCUCCGCCAACCAUACCACCUCCACCACCACCACCGCCACCAUCGCAGCACGCCAUCGUGCAUCCUGUAAUGCAGCAGCACAACAAGGCGAUCAUGCAGCUAGAGCCAGGGGAAAUACCGCCACCCGGUAUGGACAUUUCGGCACUGGGUAUGCGUCACAUGGCUGGAGGCGAAAUACAGACGAUAUCUGUACCCUCAACGCCUGAGGAAAGCCCAGUGAAGAUGGGCGAGGUGGGUGGUGAGACGCCCAACGGCGGUGUGUUCAACAUUCCCGGCAAACCACUAACCGCCGAAAUGACCAACGGCGGCGAGCAACCGUCACAGCACCAGCAGCAGACACCGCAAGUGCAUCAGAAUCAAUCGAACAACUCCGCGUCGGAGUUGGACUUGCUGUCAAAGUCCAUGAUCAACGAUCACAGCACAUGCGGUGAUCGGGCGGACGAAGACAACAGCGAUCUGGAGAGCGAAGGCACUCAGCUGGAGGAGGACGAGGACGCCCAUUUGACAGCGGAAGAGGCGCAGCGGAAGUAUGACAAGAUUCUGGAAACGUCCUUCCAGAACAAGCAGCAGCUGGAGAACGCACUGAACCAGCUGCGGGUGAAAUGCUUCGGACAGGAUCGGUACUGGCGUCGGUACUGGAAUCUGGGCAAGUGUGGUGGCAUCUACGUCGAGGCGAUGGAAUCAACCCAGCCUGAGAUGUAUCGGUAUGAGAAUGCGCUCGAAGAAGUGCAGAGCCGGCCCGACUACGUGCCGAAGUAUGCGCCAGCCAUCAAGCCCGAGAGCGCAGUGAAGCAGGAUCCAGCGGAAGAUGUUGCAGCAGCAGAGUGCAAGAAAGAGGAAGGUGAAGUUGAUGCGGUUAAGCCUGAAAUUAUCGCUGACGCACAGGGCACGAAACAGGAACUGCAGCCCACGGAGGAUCGAAAGCGAAAGCGUUGCUCAUCGGUGUCGCUUAAAAAGUUGAAGAAGAAGAAAAAGAAGCAACGCACCACCUCCGAGGGUGGGGAAUCGUUCCGUGGCAAUCAUGGCAGUGCUGCCGGUGGGUUUAACGAUGCCGCUGACGAUGAGGAUGAUGGUGAUGAUGAGGAAGAGGACGGGCCAGACGAUGAGGACGACUGUUCGCGUACGAGCUUCAGCAAUGGGCCAGCGCUGGAGGAUGGUCGUACUGCUGAUUCACAGUCCGAUGAUUGUAAAAUCAUCGAAGAGCCGGAAGUUGUGCAAAAGGAAGGCGCUAGCAAUGGCGAUAAUGGUGCAAAUGGACAAUCCGCUACUCGUGAGGGUACGGGAGAGGAUUGUACCGGGUCCUCGAGCGAGAUCAAUAAUGGAUCAAAUGGCAACGCGGACGGAGAAGGCCAUGGCCAGAAGCAGGAUGAAGCGCAACAGGAGAACCACAAAUCGGUGGAAGAUGGCCAAUCGGCGGAAGGCGCCCCGAACCAUAACGCAACACCCAAGAAGUCCGACGAUCAGCUUAUGGACAUUGAGGAUUCAAUUCCGACAGCGAUCCUCGUACAGAAGGGCAACGAUCACGAUGAAACGAAAACGGUGGAAGUGAAUAAUCAGAUUGGUGGUGUGAACGUGUCGCCCCAUCAGCCUACGGGGGGGUCGGGAGCAUCGGCAGCCACGCCCGAAGAUGACGAUGACGUGACGAUGGUACAGGAGGAAACGCCCACGAUCACCAUCCCCGAUGACGAUACGGAGAGUGGCGAUCGGAUGCCGACGGCACCGUGCGAAGGUGUCAAGACGGAGCACGACAACAAGGGGUCAACGACGCUGACCGAUAGCAUGAACUGUGAUAUGAAGCCAAAACUGAUGGAAAAUGGAGUCGAGAUGCGUGAUCCGGGCGAGUUGGUCGAGUGUCAGCUGCAGGAGGUGGACGACGACGAGGAGAUAGUGACGGGAGCGCGUGGAAACCACGGCAGUGCGAACGAUUGCAAACCAAUGAUCGCGGCCGGCGAUAAUGGUGGAGUUGAUCGUAAGCCGCGCACGACGACGACCACCUCCUCGGUGAUCUCGUACGGCAGCGACGUUGAGAUGAUCGAGGUCAAGGACGAAGACAGCAACAACUGUGCGGUCCGUGCUCCGAUCACGCCGGGCAGCUACCUUUACCUGCGCAACACCGACACGAAGCAGGAGAAAGAGUUUAGCGAUCAGCUGCUGAACCGUUGGUUCUCGAUCGUGGACAAGGAGCUGCCGCUCUCGAGCACGGAAUGUCCGCUGCCGACGAUAAACGGCAGCACGCCCGCCUCUCUGGCGCGGCAAAUCUUCACCAACAUCACGUGCCGCGAGAUCUGCCAGAUUCAGGGCAACCGGUGGGACAUUGGCAACAACAUCCAGUUCUUCAGCGUGCCGCUGGAGAAGGGCGUCGAGAUCCAUUUCCCGAACGAGUCAAUUCUGUCCAUGUCCGGGCUGGAUGAUGACGAGAUCAACGAGGUGAUCGCCAAGAAGAGUCGCCCCGAACCGCUGCAGCUGUCCGACAUGAAGCCGGCGUUCAAGCGGGAAACGAUCGAGUACUCGUACAGCCAGCACCACCCGAACCAGAUCCGGUUGCGGGCGGAGAUGAUGGCGGAGGAGACGGCCGAUCCGGAAGAGUAUGGGAACUUUUCGCUGCCGGCGUACAUGACGCUUACCCUGUCGAAUCUGACCGCGUACGUGCAGUGCGACCAGUUCCAACCGCUCCAGAUGACACCGGAAGAGGAGAAGCAGCUGGAGGACGUGAAGCAGCACGGUGCACCGCAGAAAACCGAACCGCAGGUGGUGCCGCGUGAGUUUCGCUACGGCUGGUGGAAGAUCAACGACAUCGAGGAGCUGAACGAGCUGAUCAAGGCGCUGAAUCCGCGCGGCGUCCGGGAGCGGCUGCUGCGCCAGAGCCUGCUGGAGUCGCUGGCGGAAAGCGUGAACCUGACCACGCCGCACCAUGUGUCGCACCCGCGGGCAGCACCGCCACCGAACGGGUACAUCGAGCCGGAAGCAUGGAACGCCUGGAACCCGUCCAUCGCGCGGCGAGUCGAGGUCGCACUGCUCGACCAGAUCGAAGCGAUGGAGGACAAGGUGGCGAGCGCCUCGAUGCAGGUGAAGGGCUGGCAGAUGCCGCAGCGCGAGGGCGACAGCGAGAACGGGGUGGUGGAGGACGUGACGAUCGAGAUGCUGCGCGAGCGCAUCCUCGGGCUGGAAGCGGCCAUCGAACGGCGCUACCUCAAGCCACCGCUGGGAAUCAAGUCUCCCAUCCACAGCACCACCGAGGCGCAGAUGGCGGUCAUUGCGCAGCAGGAGUCGCACAGCAAUCAGAACAACGUCUCGAACCUGUCCAACUGCUCGAACAGUUCCGCCGAGGAUGAGAAUCUCCCGAAAGGUCUGCUGUCAUGGCGCGACGCAGUAGAACGAUCCGUCACUACCGCUCAACUCUCGAUGGCACUGUACGUGCUGGAAUCGUGCGUCGCCUGGGACAAGAGCAUCAUGAAAGCGAAUUGUCAGUUCUGUCAAUCGGGAGAGUCCGAGGACAAGCUGCUGCUGUGCGACGGCUGCGACCGGGGCUACCACACCUACUGCUUCAAGCCACGCAUGGACAAGAUUCCGGACGGUGAUUGGUAUUGUUUUGAGUGUAAAAACAAAGCUACUGGUGAUAGGAAGUGUAUAGUUUGUGGAGGACUACGACCACCGCCGCUCGGCAAGAUGGUCUACUGUGAGCUGUGUCCACGGGCCUACCAUCAGGACUGUUACAUACCGCCGAUGCUGAAGUAUCCCCGAGGCAAAUGGUACUGCCAGAACUGUGUUGCAAAGGCACCGCCAAAGAAGAAGCCGCAGCGUAAGCCGAAGGAACGCACCACCAACAACAGCUCCCAGUCGCUGCUGAACAGCUCGCUCAACAGCUCGCAGAACCAGUCGCUCAACUCGUCCCACGAGGAUAUCGCAACGACCCCGUUAAGUCCAGCACAUUCAAUAGCGUCCACGAGUCAUGAAGAAUCGUCGGCGCCACAACAUCUACAGCCACCGCAUAGCAGCGUGCCGGGAGUACCGAUGCCAGCGGCACCAGCAACACCCUCAACAUCAUCGGCUUACCAUCAUCAACUCCAGCAGCAGCAGCAGCAGCAGCAACAUCCACAGCAACCACUACCACCACCAUCACAUCCGCAACAGUAUGGCGGGGCACCCUUGGUUGAUGCGAACAACUACGCCAUGUGUCAUCCCCCGGUGCCGAACGAAACGAUGGCGCUGUACGGUCAACAGCAAGCACAGCAGCAGCAGCAGCAAUACUAUCAGCAGUACUAUCAGCAACAACAACCUUCAACCUCGGUUGGGCCAGCCCUAGCUCCGCCAGCUCCGCCACAGCAACCGUAUUAUCCAACUCCGGUCGAAAGUAGCGCGACCAGCGCGGCUACAGUAGAACAAGAAGCACAGUCGGAUUACGUCGCUUCCGGUGAGGCAGCACAAUAUUCCGCCUCCGAAGGCUACACCCACGCACAAAGCACAUCGGAGUGUGAGCCAGAUCAGCAGGAAUCCCCCGCUGAAGUGGACGAUCAAAUCGAAGCGUCAUCGGAAUCGCCCGUUCCCGCCGCUGGUGGUGGUGAAUUUUAUUCACCUUCAAGCAACGCGAUGAAUGCAGCCGGUAGCUCGACAAGCUAUCUGGACAGCGAUCGUACACCCGGCGGGCACGAGGCAGAGGAGGGCAGCUGUGGUGGUGACUCGUCGGAAGAGUAUCAACCGCGACCGUCGCCGGUGAAGGACUCGCUGUGUCUGGCGGGCAGCAGUAGCAGUAGCAGCAGUAGUAUUAGCGACCACCAGCGCAAGGAGCGGUCGAAGGAACGCGACGAAGCGAAGGAGCGUGCCAAGCAGGAGAAGAAGGCCACCAAAAGACUGCUGAAAGAGUUGGCCGUCUGCAAAACCAUCCUGGAGGAAAUGGAGCUUCACGAAGACUCGUGGCCAUUUUUGCUGCCGGUAAACACCAAACAGUUUCCGACGUAUCGUAAGGUCAUCAAAAGCCCGAUGGAUCUUUCGACGAUUAAGAAACGCCUCCAGGAUUUAGUAUAUAAAUCACGCGAAGACUUUAUAGCAGACGUGCGGCAAAUUUUCGACAACUGUGAAGUCUUCAACGAAGAUGACUCACCUGUCGGCAUUGCCGGGCACGGUAUGCGCAAGUUCUUCGAGCAACGAUGGGCUGACUUGACGGACAAGCACUCUUGAUACCAUCAGCUGCAUCAACCGCAUCCCACUUCCCGUGGCAGCACCACCACAUCCGGCAAGGAGGUCGAGAUGGACGCCAAACCAUCGGAAGACACGGGAACGUUUCUAACGCCUCCGCUUCCUCCACCACCUUCGUCACCAUCGGCACAACUACAGCCAUCUUCUUCUCCGACGCCAACGCAACCGACUCCAUCCUCUUCCUACACUUCAACGUCGCUACUGCCAAACCAACAACAGUAUUGGAUGGAGCAAGGUGGUAGUAGCGGUGAUGAGCGAUCCCCAGAAAAGAACGAUUAUGAUUUGGACGCUGGACGCAGCAGUAGUACGGUUGGUAAGGAUAAUGCUGCCAACGAUAAUGAUCAGGUGUAGCAAACUUUGCUACACCGAACAGAGACAAUGGUGGCAAGCAUUGAGUAAUGGUAGGGAGAGGCAAGAGACAGCUAGAGAGGAUAGUACACAGUACAACAUGUAUUACAACACGUGCGCGCGUUAUUUAUAGACCCCAGAGAGAACCAGAGAAAUAAGACUGUGUCCGCCGCAGCGUUCUGGAGUUGACAGGCGGCAGAGAAACUACACAGAAAAAGUAUACACUGUGUGAAUAUAAUUAGUGUGAUUUGGAACACAUCGAACAACUUGACAAAGGGCAGCAGGGAAGGAGGUGACACGAUUUAGACACACAAAGGCAACGGUCCGCAGGGGCACCUGAUACUUUCUACUACCAACAACUGUAUCGCAACUGUCUCUCCCUCUACAUCACAAACACAUCGAUAAGGCCAUUCGUAUAUUAGUUUUAUAGGUUAGUUUUCUUUUCCUUUCGUGACACAGUAAGAUAUUAGUGAGACAAGGGAGCAGCAGAGAGAGAUAGACAGGAAUGAUUAAUGUGUACGGACAUUGGUCGAUUGGUUUUUUUUUUUGCUGUACAAAACCCCGGCCCCUUUUUUUAUUUGCGUUUAAAUGCCGCCCAACAAACCUCUUUUGUACAUAGUAGGACAUUAAAGUGUAGAACAGUAGAUUGAUUUGCCUUUCCAUUGGUUUUAUGAAUUGAAUGACGUAUCACAAAGUGGACGAACUGGAAGUGACCGUGGAGUACGGAUUUACGUUAAGACAGAAAGAAGAUUUCUCUUUUUAUACCGUUUUUAAAAGGUGCAGUUGUUGGUGUCCUUGAUGCCACUGCUACCGAUCGGAAGGAUAUAAGGAGAAGAUAGUUGAGAAAUUGGGUGGAUCAUUCACGGAAACAGAAGGAAAUGAGGCGGUGCAUUAUGAAUCUUAUGCAUCGUAUGUGACUUCACCUUUUAAGAAAGAGCGAACGUCAUUCAAACAGGCCAACUUUUCAUGUAUAUUCUGGAUCACAUUUCAUAGAGUUAAUUUCCUCAUUGUACACCACGAUGAAGGAGCACAUUAUUAUAGGUUAGAGAGAGUUUUGCUUUUACUUAAGUUGUACCUAUCAGUAGGUGAACGGAUAGGGCGAAGAUAUUCUUGGAUUGGAUCUUAAAGAUGUGAUGUUUGCAAAGGGAGAACAAUGUUUGGGCAUGUUGUGCGAUGACGUUUGCAUUCCUUCCAUCCCAGGAAGGUGUGAAUCGAUCUUUGGUAAUACCUUCACCAUCGGACGUUGGUAAGGAUUGAUAUAUUUAUUAAAUCGAGUGCUACCAAACUGUGUAUGCACGUAGCCGUAGGACCUAGGGACAAGAGAGAAGCGCAGCUAUGAGUGUAGGAGUAAAUGGGCAGGAACUGACUGAAGGAAUAA